UAGACCUCUAUAAUCCCCUAUAGAUCCCUAUAGAUUCCUUCAGACCCCUAUAGAUCCCUAUAGACCCCCCCAGACCCAUAUAGGUUCCCCCCAUAGGGCACCAGGUUCCGCUAUGUUGGCCGUGAAGGUGAAGGUGGAGAAGCCGGAGCUGGAGGCUGCAGCCGCUCGCAGCCGCUUGGAUUCGGUGCUGAGGGAACUGAUGGAGAGAAGCAGAGGGACCAGUGAGUCCAUGGAGGAGGAGCCAGGAAAGGCCCCAGGAGACACCAGCAACAAGGAGGCUUCACCCAGCGCCCCUGGGAAGAGGCCCUCCGGCCGCUUCUCGCAGCAGCGCAGGAAGAAGAGGAGGGAGGCAGAGGAGGGGCCGGACCCAGUGCAGAGACCCAACACCUACGUGAUCAAGCUCUUUGACCGCAGCGUUGAGCUGGGGCAGUUCCCGGAGGGGACCCCCCUGUACCCCGUGUGCCGCGCCUGGAUGCGCAACUGCCCCACGGCUCCUGCCCCACAUCCUGCCCCACAUCCGACCCCACGACCCCAGGGAGCCGCAGGGAAUGCUGGGAAGGGGCAGGAUGUCUAUGAGCUGCCCCCCCCUGCCCCCCCCCGGACCCCCCCCCCACCCCCGGACCAGCCUCCUGACCCCGCCCCCCCGAUGUCCUCCCUCAUCUACAAGAACAUGGAGCGAUGGAAGCGAGUCCGGCAGCGGUGGAGGGAGGCAGGACAGCGGCAGCAGCAGCGCUAUGGGCCCAGCCUGAGGCUGCUGCGCCUCAUCUACGAGAGGCAAUAGAGCCCUAUGGAAGCCUAUGGAACCCUAUGGAAGCCUAUGGAAGCCUAUGGAAGCCUAUGGAGCUGCGCGGUGGGGCCCACCGCACCCACAGGACACGCCCCCUUAAUAAAGGUGGUGAACCCCCA